AUGUCUUCAAACAAAAGAAGGAAAUUAAAUGAUACCCCUCCUCAACUCAGUGCUUUUGCCGCGAGAAGAAGCUUAAAAACUGAGAAGAGCACUCCCAGUAUAAGGAGCAACACCCAAGACGUGGAAGUUAGAGAGACACCCACGGUCUCGACUGGAGUACCUUCGCCGUCGAAUGAUAUUCUAGGCAAAUCGGCUCUUCAAGAUGCUGCUUCUACAGCGCCUACCUUGCAGAUUGAAGACAUCGAGAGAGGAUCUGAUCAUGUUGAAAAAGCCCUCGAUUCUGAAGAGGAUGCGCCGAAUUCUUCUUUUCAAUCACGUGCUGUAUCCCCUGAAGUUAUCCGUCAAGAACCAGCAAUAGUAUUAUCCACCUUCAGGCCGAAUGAAAGGAACGUGAAAGCAGCUGGAAGUGGCUCCUUAACCUUGAAAAUAGCCCCUGGAGAGCGGCUAGUAAUAUUGGGAGAAUAUGAUCUUACUAUACGAAAGGGUCAGAUCACGCUGCUGGGCGCAACACUCGGGCCCUCUAAUACUAUUUAUCGAGUCUUUGCUCCUUCAACGCACUCACUGCCGGUCAUAAGAUGUUUGACAACCGAUAUCAAUGAUGCUGAAAUCAAAGUCCGUCAGUGCAAUAGCGGGCUGGGGCUUUUGAGGCCUUUGUCUUCUCUUUUCGGCAAGCUAUGGAAUGACGAUUCAGGUCCAUUGGGCUCAGAAUACAGUGCUCUUUUGAAGGACGAUAAAAAGAGCUCUUUUCAAAUUCUAUUCUCUUCCAAAGAUAGUCCACAAAAAGCUUACUUGCAACCUGUCGUCUCUCCUCCGGAGUGGAAUCAGUUUUUGUCAAAAUUCACGACACAAACUAACAAAAAGACUCCGAGUAUUUUGAUCUGUGGCCCAAAAGGAUCAGGGAAAUCAACAUUUGCGAAACUCCUUACAAAUAGACUGCUUUCUCCAGCCGCUGAGAGCAACCCAAAUCACAUCUCACGUCUUGGCAAGUCCAAGGGUGUAGCUAUAUUGGACCUCGAUCCAGGACAGCCUGAAUACUCCUCACAAGGGCAAUUAAGUCUCAUACACCUCCAGGAACCGAAUUUUGGUCCACCGUUCACGCAUCCGAUUCCAGGCAACCAGAGUCGAAUAAUUCGUGCACAUACGAUCGGAGCAAUAACGCCUUCCAUGGAUCCGACUUUGUACAUAAACUGUGCACUUGAUCUUUUUAUAUACUACCGUAACCUCCUGACCAUGGUUCCUGAUUGUCCCCUCGUUAUCAAUACUCCCGGCUGGAUAUUAGGAACUGGAUUAGAGAUUCUCAUGGAAUUGAUCACCAAAUUCCGACCUACGGACGUAGUCUAUAUGUCUCAAGAUGGGCCUCAAGAAGUUGUCGAGAGUCUUCGCGAGGCAGCGAAGGCUACUCCCGUUCUUACUCUCCCUUCACAGGCCAGCGAGUACACAACUCGAACUCCCGCGCAUCUGAGGACCAUGCAGGCCAUGUCUUACUUCCAUCUUAAGUCUGAAAAUCGGAAAGAAUUAACUUGGGACGGUCGACCGCUGACAUCCAUCCCUCCCUGGGAAAUCAAAUACUCCGGCGAAGGUGCUGGUAUUCUUGGUAUAAUGUGCUACGGCGAGCAGCCACCGCCGCCCUUGCUCCUAGAAGCUAUCAACGGCUCCCUCGUCGCUGUUGUCGUGGUGGAUGAUAUGGCCGCCAUCCCAGGCUGGGAGGCUGAAAACCAAGAUGCCACGAACGAGGAAUCCCCAGAUCUCGAGCCAUCAACGAUCGAGCCUCCGAUCCAAAGAAUGCAGACCCCGCUUAUCGUCCGUACCCCCAAAGAGAAUCUGCCUUAUUUCAACCCCCUCAACACAAUUUCUCUCUCCCCCACACACUCACAUUGUCUCGGUCUGGCUCUCGUCCGAGGGAUCGACAUCCCUCGUCAGAGACUACAAGUCCUUACUCCCAUUUCCCCCAAAGCGAUUCAAGAAAUCAACGAAGAAGGGAAGACAAUUGUAUUGGUUAGUGGGAAAUUCGACACGCCGGGUUGGGCGUAUAUCGAGGAACUGGUGCAGAAAGAUGUGGCUGAGAAGGAGAGUCGGAAAGGGAAUGUAGAAGGAGGUGGUGAGGCGGACUUGGAGGGGCUUGAUGAGGAAAUCUUGGACGGUGGGAGAGAGUUGAAGGGCAAGAGUGACGUGGGGAUUGGGUCUCAAGAUGCACCUUGGGUGGAGAAGCUUAAGGGCUCGCAGGGCCGCGGCAUAGGCGCGAGGGUUUGGAGAGUGAGGAGGGAUUUGGGCAGAGGUGGUGACGGUGAUUAG